AUGAAGUUGGUGUCUAUGAUAAAAGGAGGGUGCAGGAAAGGAAUGAAGUUUGGUGUCUAUGAUAAAAGGAGGGUACAGGAAAGGAAUGAAGUUGGUGUCGGUGAUAAAAGAAGGGUACAGGAAAGGAAUGAAGUUGGUGUCGGUGAUAAAAGAAGGGUGCAGGAAAGGAAUGAAGUUGGUGUCUAUGAUAAAAGAAGGGUACAGGAAAGGAAUGAAGUUGGUGUCGGUGAUAAAAGAAGGGUACAGGAAAGGAAUGAAGUUGGUGUCUAUGAUAAAAGAAGGGUGCAGGAAAGGAAUGAAGUUGGUGUCUAUGAUAAAAGAAGGGUGCAGGAAAGGAAUGAAGUUGGUGUCUAUGAUAAAAGGAGGGUGCAGGAAAGGAAUGAAGUUGGUGUCUAUGAUAAAAGGAGGGUGCAGGAAAGGAAUGAAGUUGGUGUCUAUGAUAAAAGAAGGGUACAGGAAAGGAAUGAAGUUGGUGUCUAUGAUAAAAGGAGGGUGCAGGAAAGGAAUGAAGUUGGUGUCUAUGAUAAAAGGAGGGUGCAGGAAAGGAAUGAAGUUGGUGUCUAUGAUAAAAGGAUGGUGCAGGAAAGGAAUGAAGUUGGUGUCUAUGAUAAAAGGAGGGUGCAGGAAAGGAAUGAAGUUGGUGUCUAUGAUAAAAGAAGGGUGCAGGAAAGGAAUGAAGUUGGUGUCUAUGAUAAAAGGAGGGUGCAGGAAAGGAAUGAAGUUGGUGUCUAUGAUAAAAGGAGGGUGCAGGAAAGGAAUGAAGUUGGUGUCUAUGAUAAAAGAAGGGUGCAGGAAAGGAAGGGAGUUGGUGUCUGUGAUAAAAGAAGGGUGCAGGAAAGGAAUGAAGUUGGUGUCUAUGAUAAAAGAAGUAUGCAGGAAAGGAAUGAAGUUGGUGUCUAUGAUAAAAGAAGGGUGCAGGAAAGGAAUGAAGUUGGUGUCUAUGAUAAAAGGAUGGUGCAGGAAAGAAAUGAAGUUGGUGUCUAUGAUAAAAGGAGGGUGCAGGAAAGGAAUGAAGUUGGUGUCUAUGAUAAAAGGAGGGUGCAGGAAAGGAAUGAAGUUGGUGUCUAUGAUAAAAGGAGGGUGCAGGAAAGGAAUGAAGUUGGUGUCUAUGAUAAAAGGAUGGUGCAGGAAAGAAAUGAAGUUGGUGUCUAUGAUGAAAGCAUGCAGUACUUGGAAAAGGAGCCUACGAUGGAGGGAUGA